AUGUCCAAUACCAAGAUGAAAGGCCUUCUAAAAGGCCUAAGAUACAUUUCUCAAAUAUUUGACAAUGACAAAGAACCUGAAAUGCAGAUUGGUUAUCCCACGGAUGUGAAGCAUGUCGCCCAUAUAGGAUGGGAUGGUCCAUCUGUAAAUUCUCCAAGCUGGAUGAAUGAGUUUAAAUCGCCGCCAGGAUAUUCGUCGGUGCCAAUAAAUCUCCCUGGAGAGGUCAAAGAAGAUAAUGGAGAUCAAGCCAAAUGGCACUCCGAAGAUUCAGGAGCUCGGAGAAGUGCAAGGACUCCAAAUUCUCCGGCCGGAGACUUGCUGGAAUUGCCUCGGUCAUCGAGACGCCAAUCGUCGUCGUCGUCGUCGACCGGUGCUGUAACAGGUUCCCCUAGCAGAUCAGAAAAGCCAGAGAAACCAAGACAAUCAAGGAGGUCAACUAAAAGUUCCCUCAAGGACUCAUCUGAAGGAACCAAAUCGAGCAGGCAACAACCAGUACUACCCUUGGAAUCAUCAUCAUCAUCACCUGCACGCAGCCUUCCCGACAUCCCUAAGAAGACAAGGAGGAAGAAGUCAAAGGAGUACUCUAACGGCGGCGGCGGCGGGUCAACAAGAUCAGCAAGAUUGAAAGCCCAAGCCACUGAGGAGACAUAUCAAUCUCCAUUCUCGGAUCCAGGACCCGGGGCAGGAUCCGUAUCCACAUCAAGGAACAAUGAGCUUCUUAGUCCACAGCCUUUUGAAGGGGGUUCACGAAAGGGAUAUAUGGGAGGAAUAUAUUGA